CAUGUCGACAGCCUUUGAACGUCGUGUACGCAGCUAGGUUGCAAACGUAGCAACUCCAGCUUUAGCUUUUGCACCACUGCACACGUUGCAGCAAAAGAGCCGAAGCGAAGCCACCAAAAUCACCCUGCAGCUAAAUUUACAGCAGCAUAAAAAAUUUGCAGUGCGCCGUCGGGGCAAGCAAUACUGUCUUGACAGUACGCCGUCGUGCAAGCAAUACUGGAGCAAGACACCAAAGCCAUCGAGAUGGCGGCGCGCAAAGUCAGUACUGGCGACGAGGAGGCCGAACCGUUCAUCGAAGAAGAAGAAGAAGAAAAACUUCACAAGGGCAUGGGCUGGAAGCGCGCCGCGUUCACCAUGAUGGCGGAGAUCGUCGGGACUGGUGUGUUGGGCUUGUCACACGCGGCGGCGAAGGUGGGAGGCGGCCUCGCGCUCGCCUUCUUGGUAAGCUUCGGCCUCGCUUCGUUGUUCAGCUCAUUACUCCUGGCGGCGGUGCGACGGGAGCACCCGAAGGUGGACAGCUUCCAGGCGUGCGCCGAUCUGCUCGGCGGCGAGCGAGCCCGGCGUUUGACGGCUUUAUGCAUCAACACGUCGUGGCUGUUCGUGCUGCCCUACUACCUCAUGGCGUCGGCGCACGCCCUCAGUGUAGCCUUCUGGUGGACGGACACGUGCUACGCGACCUGGGCGUUGUUGUCCGUCGCGCUGAUCGGCGUGCCGGCGCAGGUGCGCACCUUCGAAGGGAUUAGUAGUUUAUCAGCGCUCUCGGUGGCCUCCGUGGCCAUCGCUCUAUUGGUUAUCGGCGUCGAACUCGUACGAGGCGGCCAGAAAGAAACAGACGCGUCAUGGUCGAAACCCGAGGCGUCGUCGGUCUGGGACUGCUUCGACGCGAUCUCGUCAACAACAUUUGCCUAUCAAGGGCAGUCCAUGCUCUUAGAAAUCGCCCACGAGAUGGAGAACGCGCCGCGGGACUUUGGGAAAGCAAUCACGGCGUCCUGCGGCGGGUUGCUGGCGUUGUAUUCUAUGGCGACGGGCCUGGGCUACUACUACCGGGGCGCGCGCGUGGCCGGAUUCCUGCCGGACGACCUCGAGGACAACGCGUCCAAGACGCUGGUGGGUCUGAUGCUCUACUUCCACGUCGCCGUCACUUAUUUAGUGAACAACCAGCCUUUAUCAAAAAAGCUGUAUGAGUUGAGAUGGGGCGCCCUCGACAAGAGCCGGGUCGUAGCCUUGCGCUGGUUCGGGAUUACGAUGCUAUUGCUGGCGUGGUCCUACGUGGUCGCGAACGCGAUCCCGUGGUUCAGCGCGUUCCAGGCCCUGAUGGGCUCGUUGCUGGGAGCGCCGAUCAUGUUCCUGUUUCCGGUGGCGUUUUAUGUGUUGGAUCCGCGGCAGGCCGCGAACGUAAAACAUCUGCCGACGCGAUGCGCGCUCGCGACGACCGGCGGGAUCAUCCUGCCUCUGACGCUGGGCGUCGGCUCGGUCGCGGCCGUCGUCGGCUUGUCGGAGGCGUGGGGCGACGGCGCGGCCUUCGCGUGCGUGCCGGGCGGGUACGACGGGUAAUUGUUUUGUGUGUCCU